AUGGCAACAAGCACGCCCGUCACCGUGGCACCAUCAACCCCUAGAGAAGAGGCCAACACCGGGCUCCAAUCAGUCGCUUCUACAGCACUGCAGAUCACCUCUGGUGAGGACGGGCAGAUUCGAAAUGUGCCGGUGCUCGGCGACGGACGCCCUCCGGCUUCCAUGCCUGUCUCCGACAGAAUCCAGGAGGUAUCUCGAAAGGACAAUUCGCAGCUUCGAGGCGUGCCGAAAAGAGCAACGUCUACUGGAAUGCUUGGACACGAUGGUGCAACCGACACCGUUCGACCUAGAAAGCGCCAGAAAGGCAAACACGUUGGCAAAGAACCGCAGCCACGCGAAAGCCAAGUGAACGCGGCGGUCAAAGCAAAUCGACGGUCGUCUCCGCAAUCACUGUCGGAGGCUCAGCCAGACUCUCCGGAAAGGGUCAAGCUCGCCGAGGAUAGGGAAGUUGUGAAUGAACCAUGGUCCCUCUUUGUCUGUGGCGACGGUCAGCUCGGCCAGCUCGGUCUCGGUCGUAAAGGGAGGACCGGGGUUUUGAAUCCGACACAGCUACUCGAGCCACAGCUCAACGAACAUCUGCCCAAAGAUGUCGUCGAUUUCGACUGUGGAUCGGAUCAUUGCAUUGCUUUGACGAAGGACAAUAAGAUUCUGACCUGGGGCAAUCCCGAAUUUGGUGCUCUCGGGCGGCCAUGUACAGCCGCCAUGGCGACUCCACAGCUUACGAACGGCGCAAACCGCAUGGCCUGUGAAUCUUGUGAGCCCAAGGAGGUCGAUUUCGCGCACCUGGGAAACAUGACCUGGACGGCUGUCGCGGCGACGAAUAAUGCAUCGUUCGCCUUCACAGACAAAGGCCAUGUAUAUGGCUGGGGUACAUUCUGUUACGAACGAUACAUAAGCUGUCGCGACGAGGCCUUCUUCCAAACGUUGGGUUAUCCAAGGGACAGGCUUAGGAAAUUUCCGGUCGGGUUCACCGAGCCUGGCGAGAUCGACUACAAGCCCAAGCGGAUCGGGGAGCUGGAAAACAUCUUUUCUAUUGCUGCCGGUGCUCAGCACGUGCUUGCUGUGGGCAUGGACAACAGGGUCUAUUCGUGGGGAGUCAACUCCUGCGGACAAUUGGGGCGAGGCAUUCAUCAUAAAAGAAGCGACCAUGAAGUACCUGGGAACGUGGACAAGGACACCUCUGCACAUAAUCACCGAGGGACCGCUCGCUCUCACAGAAACAUCCGCUUCCUUGAUGAGGAAUAUUUGCGGGGCGACUUGGUCAACUCGAAAGACACUGCAGAUUACCUUGCAGAUGAUGAAGUGGAGGAAUUCAUCCGCCAAGAAGCGAGCGAAUGGCUGAAACCGACCGUCAUUGCUGUUGAUGGAGGCAAGUCUGGUCAUACUCCCAUCUACUGGGCUGCAUGUGGUGCGCGUCAUAGCUACUUGGUCGACAAGUCUGGCCGAGUCUAUGGCUUUGGCAGCAAUGAUCAUGGUCAGCUGGCCGUUACGGAGAAAGAGCGGAAGGCGUUCAGUGUGGGUGGCCAAGGACACAUAUUCCCACACGCGAGAAAGCUAGACGAGCCCCGAGAAGUAGAAAGGAUUGCCGCGGGCGAACUUCACACAAUGGCGCUGUUGAAGCCGACAAAGGGUAAUGUAGGAGGCGAGCUCAGCGCAUGGGGCUCGUACGAUGACUACGCGCUGGGCAUACCGCCAGCAGAUCUUGGACCACACAAUGUCGCAGAAACAAACAAUGGAAUCGUUGUCACGAAACCUGUACCGGUUCCAGGCCUGCACGACAUUGUCCACAUUGCUACUGGAACCUACCAUACCAUCGCCAUCGACAAGGAUGGGCACGUCUUCACGUUUGGCGCUUCUGAUUAUCACCAGACUGGGCGUCCGAGGUUGACUCCGCAACAAAUUGAGAGCAAGCAGCGCCCAGAUGUUCAGAAGAGACCAAUGCCCCUUUUCGGGACGACAAUGAAGAGCCUGAGCGUCUGUAAUGCUGCGUCUCAGUCGGAGGAUGAACUGCGGCCAUCGCUACGAUGGACCACCAAGAUUCGAACUGCCAAAGCAGGGCGAGGUUUCUCGGUCUUUGGGGGCAUUCCUCGUCCCACGGAAGACCUCAAAGCAGGUAUGACAAGGACAUCGAAACAAAAGGACGCAGGAGGGGUGCGCGAGCAGAUUGGGCGUUUCAAGCUGAGGACUCAGCCUCGCCGUGCGGAUGGAGACAUGUCGGAUGAGGAUGAAUGGUACGAUGGCCGGCCGCAGCGUCCUUCCAGACGUCAAGGACAAGCGAGAUAG